AUGUCUGCCCGCUCAAUCUUCCACUUGGCCUUCCACGUGCGCGACCUCGCCUCCUCGCGUACCUUCUACGGCGGCCUCCUCGGCUGCCGCGAAGGCCGCUCCACGGAAACCUGGGUCGACUUUGACUUUUUCGGCCACCAGAUCAGCCUGCACCUCGGUGAGCCGUUCGUCACCACCAACACCGGACGCGUAGGCGACCACAUGGUGCCCAUGCCCCACCUCGGCGCGAUCCUGCAGUUGGACGACUGGAAGAGCCUCGCGGCUAGGUUGGAGGGUAACGUCGAAUGGGUGAUGGAGCCGCAGCUGCGGUUUGAGGGGUUGCCCGGGGAGCAGUGGACUAUGUUCUUCCGCGAUCCGAGCGGGAACCCUAUCGAAGUCAAGGGGUUCAAGGACCUGGCCAGUGUUUAUGAUGCGUAG